CCAACUAGUGUUUUUCCAACUAUGUUUGUUGCAAAAUUGUGGGGUGAUGUGUGGUUUCUGAUUUCGUAUAAAGUCAGGACUGACAGUCGGCAGAUCCCAGAUCCCAGGUUCGAAUCAUUCGAUCCUCAUCCCCUAUAUGCCUCUGUGGCGUAUCGUAAUGCCAAUAAAAAAUUUGUUAUCAAAAGAAAAAUUAAUAAAAAAUCAAGCGAUGCUGCAAUAAUUAUAAAUUGACCAAAUAAUUAUGUGAAUAUCUCGAAAUUGAUAUUCGUGUUAGUAGAGAAAGACGCAUGCGUAAACCGCCUGUUUUGUAACAGUAUACAGUAUACGUGGUUGGGUGCCCGGUCAUCAGCCAUACAGUAAUACCGCAACAAUAACACGUUGAAAAAAGGUUUUUCGGUCUCACUUCCUAAGUCUAUCAUGACAAGGUCAACGAAUUUGCCGAGCGAGAACACACAAUUAGUUUAAACGCAAUUCGACGAUCAUGGAGCAGCUAAUUAUCCUAAUAUCGAUGGUGUAUCAAUUAUAUUGUCCGUUCACAAAAGUUGAGGAAAGUUUCAAUCUGCAGGCUAUGCAUGAUAUCCUCUGUCACGGCUUCAAUCUGACGGAGUAUGAUCAUCACGAAUUUCCUGGAGUGGUACCACGUUCUUUUCUGGGGCCUAUUGUAGUAUCCGGUCUUGCCUCGCCACUAAUAGCAUGCAUUAAUUACCUAAAGCUCAAUAAAGUUAUUGCUCAAUAUGCAGUAAGAGCAACAUUGGGAUUAUUGGUGAUAGGUACAUUCAAAUUAUAUAGGCACGCUUUACAGAAUAUCUUUGGGCUGCAGUUUACAAAAUGGUUUAUUGCCAUAACUGUAACGCAGUAUCAUUUUAUGUACUAUCUCAGUCGCCCACUGCCAAACAUAAUGGCUAUGCCUUUAGUGUUACUAGCCUUAUUUGGAUGGCUAAGGCAAAAUUAUUUGAUAUUUAUCUGGUCAUCAGCUGCAGCAAUAAUAAUAUUCAGAGCAGAACUCGCCAUACUGUUGGGAUUGUUCCUAUUAUUUGAUAUAGCUAGCAAGAAACUUUCUGUACAAAGACUGUUUAAAAUCGCAGUUCCAGCUGGUAUAUCGUUCUUAGCACUUACUGUUGCUAUAGAUUCAACAUUCUGGGGACGCUUAGUAUGGCCAGAAGGCGAAGUAUUUUAUUUCAACACUAUUCUUAAUAAGAGCAGUGAAUGGGGUACAUCACCAUUUUUGUGGUACUUUUAUUCAGCGUUGCCGAGGGGUCUAGCACUUUCAUACUUUCUAGUUCCUGUGGGGAUGUUUUGGGAUGCUAGAGUUCGUACGUUUACCGUCCCAGCUAUUGUAUUCGUCGCAAUAUUGUCAUUUCUACCACAUAAGGAACUGAGAUUUAUCAUAUAUGUGUUUCCGUUACUAAAUGUUGGUGCAGCUGUUGCUUGCCAUAGAAUAUGGGAAAACAGAGCAAAAACAAAGUGGAAUGGUUUUUUAGCACUGGUAAUCCUGAGUCAUGUUGCAUUAAAUAUUGUAUUCUCCACAUUUCUGCUAUAUGUGGCUAAUUUUAAUUAUCCUGGAGGUGUGGCAAUUACUAGAUUACAUAGACUCGAGAAAAACUCGAUUGAGCCAGUGCAUGUACAUAUCGAUGUAUUCACUGCGCAAACCGGAGUAUCAAGAUUUACACAGACUAACGCUUCUUGGAUAUAUUCGAAACAAGAGAAUUUGACUGUCGAUGAUCCUGAAAUGCUACAAUUCACUCAUCUCUUGAUGGAAGCAAAAAGCAAAUAUUCUCCAAAAAUAAAAUCUUAUCUUAAAACCCAUAAUAUUAUUGAUUCUAUCGAUGCAUUCUCGCAUAUAGCAUUUAAUUAUAACAUGAUACCGCCUAUUAGAGUUAAAACAAAACCUAGUAUAUUUAUUAUGAAAAGAAAAUCGAAUAUCACAUACGAUCUUCAUAAAGCAAAAUCUUCGAUUUCUAUAAAGAAUUCUUCAAAACAAAUAGAUAAUAUAGAAAAUGUAGAAUUUAACAUGUCACAUGAAGACAAUGAAGUAAAGACAAUGGAACCGAUAGUUCAUAAUAUUGUGGAGUCAUUAGAAGAAUUUGGAAAGUCAGAAGAAACUGAUAAACAAAAUUUAUCGAAAGAUAUAGAAGAGAUUAAAGAAAUGAUUAAUAAUACCGAAGAAAAAAUCGGAAUGAUUAACAAUCUAAUAGAAGAUAAUGUGACAUCUAUGGAAAAUAUUACUACAUGGAAAAUUGAAGAUACAAAUAAAUUAUCACCAAAUUCAAAAGAUAAAAAAGAAAAAAAUUUGGAUUCUCAGGAAAAUUUCGAAAGUGUUCCUAAUAUCUAUGAUACCAAACUUGACGAAAAAAUAAAAACGGAUAUUGAAGAGGAAAAAAUUAUUAAAGAAAAACCUAAAAACGAUUUAAAUCUGCAACAAGAAACUCAGGGUACUAAAAAAACGGUUAAAAAAAUUAUCCAGGAAAAGAUAAGAGAAGACAACCAAAAAAGAGAAACAAAUGAUAAACGAAAAAAUACAGAGCUUCCAAUAAAAGUGAAAAAAGGAGCUAUAGCAGCAGAAUGGCCAAAAAGAACGAAAAUGUUACAAUCCAAUUUACAAGAAGCAAAGGAUUUUAAAAUCUUUACAUAUAAAUCGCCAUUAACAAUUCAAGAUCAAAUUAAGAUUGCAAAAGAACAUGCAAAAGAUGAUGAUAAACAGAAAUUUAUUAAAGCAAAAGACACUACACAGAAGACAGAUAAAAUCAAGAUAAUAAAACCAGUUAAUCGAGAGCAAAUCGCGGAAAACGAAGAUCUAAGUAAAGAAAAAAUUGUAGAUGUAACAAUAAAGAAAAUUACAACAACACAUGAUAGUGUUGACACAAAAUUACCUGUAACUGAGGGACAAAUCGUAAAGAAAGAGGGUAAAAAAGACUUUAAACCAUCAAAACCAAUAAAUGUAAGAGAAAGUAUAAAAAAUAUAAUAAAUCAAUUUAAAGAAUUUGAAAAAGAUUUUAUAUAUGAUAAUAUUGAUUCAAUGACAUCAAUGAAUGAUAUAAGCCAUGCAAAUCGUAUUGAGAGCGAUCUACGCAUAACAGAAAUGGACAAUAGUAUUACAGAUCAUUCUGUGAAAAGUGAGACUCAAGUUGUGAUAAAAGAUGCUAGAGAAAGUUUCAAAGAAAUAUUAGAUCAAUUUAAGCAUAUCAAGGAUGAAUUAACUUUAGAGGAGGAUGAUCAAUUUGAUGAAAUUGCAGCAAAAUAUAUGGAACAGCCAAUUGCUCAAACUUUAUUACAGUUUAGUGAAGCUCUAAAAGGUUUAAUGCAGCAUAGAAAAAAGACUUUGCCCGAACAUACGACCGACUUGUAUGAUAACCAAAAUGUAAACAUAUCAGAUAUCAGAAGAUGAUUAUAUAUCAGAACAUCAAAGAAAACUUACGGUAGAAAAAAUCAUUCAAGCAGCAACAAAAGAUUAUGCGAAGAAGACAAAAAUGGAAAAUGAUUAUAAGACUGUUAAAAAGUCAAGAGCUGUAUAAAUAAAACGAAAAGCAUGGAAAAACCAGAUACGUUAGUGCAAUUAUAAAUAGUCUAAAACAAGAUGCUAUUAUGGUUUCUAAUACAAAACAAGUACCUCUAUAUAUUAAAAGUUUUAAAAAUCGUAUUAAAAAUGUCUUUUUGCUUCUCGUAGUAUCAAUCUUAUUUACAUUAUUUUAAAUAUAUAAAUUUCAAAUAAUGUCAAUAAAAGAUUGAUACUAUGAGAGGUACAGAAAAUUUGUACAGAAAAAUACUAAAAAGUAAUAAAAUAGUCAAGACAAUUAAAUAUUGUUUCGUAAGUAACUUCAUCAAGUGUUACUAGUGAAACAACUGUAUACUUAUAACUAUGUAAAUAUGUUUCCCUGUGAUAUCAAAAAUGUUGUAUUUUUUAAUGUGUGCUUACAUAUUACCAAUAUAGGAAGUAUAAAAUUUAUUUUUCCUAUGUGAGAUAUUUAUAUAAUGAAUUGCGAAAAUGGUUUGGUGGAAAAGUACUAUAUAAUUUUUCAUAUUACAGAUGUAUAAUUAAAUUUUUACUUUGCAUAAAAUUGUACAAAUAUACAAAAAAAAAAAUGUAUUAAUUUAUACAUAGUAAUCAAAAGAGAGAUACAAAUAUUUUAUAUAGCUAUUUUAUAACUUCAUUAUUAUUUUCUCUUCUUUCAUCAUAUUUUCAUUACAUAUAUUUUUAAGUGUAAUAAUAGAUAUUUUAUUUGUUCAUUAACUGUAAACAUUAAGUUGGUAUGUGAGUUAUAUUAUUAUCAGAUUUUUGCAUUUAGAUAUUGCUUAUAUAAAAUUUCUCGCGUUCCUCUAGCUAUAUUGUAUCAUGCUUGUAUUUGUAUGUAGCGAAUCAGAUAUUAAAUCAUAAAUGUAAAUAAGUUAUAUAAGUUAUCUGCCAUAUGUAAUAUAUCAUGCAAUAUUUACAGAUGGAUAUUUAAUUUUCAUAUUGGUAUCUAUAGAGCAAUCAAGUGCCUUAUUAAAUCUCUUCCAAUAUUCGGAGUGGCGUUAAAAACAUAAAUGUACACAUAUGCAUGAAUAUAAUAACUGUAUGUGUGCUUAAUAAUUAUACCAUGUAUUAGUGUUUUAUAAAUUGAAAUUGUUCAAUAUA